AUGUCGGGUGGGAUACAAUUUCUUAGCGGUCAAAGCCGUGAUUUCGCUUUGCCGCAAUUGCGCCACAACCUUUGGCUCCUGGGGUGGCCAAGGUCGUCGGAUGGGACUGGAUUACUUGCUGAUCCGGCCUUGUUCAUCCAUCCUCAACCCGUGGCCUUUCAAGAGAUCAUGCACUUUUUAAUGGGCGUACUUCUGGGGACGGACACCCAACGGAAGCAAUUCUUUCAUGAGAUCUGGCCCAUCUUGGAGAAGAAACAGGAAGCCGAGUUCCGCAAAAAAGUGUUCCAAUAUUACAAACAGCUCCAGCUCCAGCAUAAAGACGAUCUACCAAUGGUAAACGUGUCCUUGCUCCAAACCCCCGGAGGCCCGAAGUUCAUCAAUUUUAUGCAUCAAUUCAGCCAAUUUGUACUGAAAACGGAAAUCCUUCGGGUCAAAGCCAAAUUGGAGGACUCCUCUCCCCUCCUAAAAUGUUCAUCCACCUCACAAGGAUUGAUUCGUAGGAGAAUUGCCGACAACAUCAAGUCGAUUUCGGCCAUUGACGCCGAUCUCCGGAGUUAUGAAGCUUCUCUCCAACGAGAUAUGACUCACUGUGUGGAUGAAUAUCGCACAUUGAAGGCCCGAACUCGGGAACUGGAGAGUCAAAUAGGACAGUUCCACGAUGACGAACUCGAACAGAAAUGCCAAGAUUUCUUAGAGAAGUCCAAUGAGCUGACCGCUCAAACAGACUCAUACAUGACACGGAUACAAAGCGAUCUCAAAGUGGUCCAAGAUAUUAUUGUCAAAGGGAACAAUGCCCGCCUCAAACUCGACCUGGGGCAAGUCGCUCGAAAAGGCGACGGCAUACCCGAAGUUUUCGAUAGAAUCUUUGCUGCAGCGGAGCAUAGCAAGCACCAGAUUCAGCCGAUGAGCUUUGAUUUGGAAACAAUCCAAGUCCGAAACCACCAGAUCCAUCAAGAACGAAGAAUGUUCCAAGGACGGAAAAGCCAAUUAGAGCAUGAACUCCUCCCCAAAAUAAAGGAUCAAAUCCGUGUCCUCGAGGGUCAAAUAGCACCCAAAAGACAUCCAAUAACCUUGACACAGAGGCCCCAAAUUCGUCUAGAUUUCUCGGCCCCGUGUCAAAAAUCUUUGCACACAUCCUUGGACUUGACACCAACCAAGCAUGAGCCAAGUAAUCUGGGAAACUCCGUCGAGAUUUCUCAAACCCUUAAGCGUGUAUCAGGUGGUCCCAAACGGAUCCCGAAUUUUUAUCAACCUUCCAUGAUGUCCGAGUCGAGCUUCCAAGACGAUGAAGCACAUCAUCCAGUGGCCAAUCAGCCAUUCUAUCCUCGAUCCCAGCUCUCUUCCACCUCCUCUCAUCACAAUUGCACCACCCGUGGAGACAUGUCCCAAACCCGGGUGUGUUCCAUUGAAGAGAGCAAAAUGAGCGUGUUCAGUCCGAUCUUGUCAAGCAGUCGAAUGGAACCCAACUCGCCCCGGUCCACCUUCAAAGUGAUCUCGCCUCGACAACCCGGAGGAUCGACUUUGGAGCAAUCCAAAAUCGCGCAUUACCGCAGUGUCUUGAAUGCCACGAGAGCCUCAGCUUCAGAGAGAAUUCCAGAGAGUCCCCAGGAGAUCGAGAAAAAAGAUCUGGGUUUACCGACCUCGUUCGAACCAAUUCGACUGUCGCCGACUCUUUGGGAAGAGUCUCCUCGUGGAUCCUCAGAGGCGAAGGUUCGACCACGAUCGUUCGAUUUGGAGGACCAGACCAUUGCUACGAGAUUGGAUGACUUAAUGAACACGUUGGCGUUGGAUUCGUCGAACCUUUUGGAUGAAGACUCCGUGAAUGAGAUGCCUUCGAUUCAUGUGAACUUGUGAUGUUUUACUCCUAGAACACAUCGAUGGUUUUAAUUGUCAAUUAGUGUGAAUGAACUCCUGCUGCCCAUUAACCGGUCCCAAUAACACGCCUAUGAAUAAAUAACAAAAAUAA